AUGGAUUCCGAAUAUAGGAUAAUACUGAAUGUCGGCGGUGUUAGGCACGAAACAUACAAACACACCCUGAAAAAGAUACCCGCCACCAGACUAUCGCGAUUGACGACCAAUCUUGCCAACUAUGAUCCGGUGCUCAAUGAAUAUUUCUUUGAUCGACAUCCUGGUGUAUUCUCACAAAUUCUGAACUACUACAGAACCGGGAAACUACAUUAUCCUUUAGAUGUCUGUGGACCGUUAUUUGAAGAAGAGCUC